AUGACUCGUCCAACUGGUUCAAAACCGUUUCCUGAAGCAAACGCGUUAGAUGCAAAGAAACCAGUCAAGGAAAAUAAAGCCUAUUGGGGUCGCGGUCGUGGUCGUCAAAACUACCGUGGACGUGGACGAAAGUACAAUCCACAAGAUAGGAAGUCAUUCCAGUGGGUCCGCUCUGAGCAAACCCCUAAGGGAAAAGAACACCAAGGAAAUACCUCCCAGAAGCGAGAAGAAGCUUGUUUCAGAUGCGGUACUAAGGGACAUUGGUCUCGUUUAUGUCGUACCCCUGCACACCUUUGCGCUCUAUACAAAGAGUCCGUCAAAGGAAAAGAAAAGGAAGUAAACUUUGCGGAACAUUCUGAGGGUACAACGCACCUCGAUGCGUCUGACUUUGUGAAUGAUUUCGAGGAGACCGCUAUCCCGGAAGCCUAA